CUCAUCGCUCUUUAAACUAUACAUGACGUCUGAAAUUGUGCCAAACCUCGAUAAGAUUCCCGCUUUCGUCGAUCGAAUCGUGGUUUCUGGAGUUGCAAGAACUGAUGAAUCGUUGUUGAAGAAGCAGUUCCGGACUUUAAUAAAGUCGGACAAUUUAAAUGAUCUUUUCGAAAACGUACGAGAUGCAAAAGAGCGAUUAACCAAACUUGGAGUUUUUCGUUACGUGUUUGCCAUCGUGGAUACCGCUGACGAUCCGGCGAAGUACAAGGUUAUUUUCAAGGUGGAAGAGAAAAACCCCGUCACAGCAAAAGUUUCGGUCACUCGUAGCACAGAUGGCACUAACAAAAUGUACGGUUCCGUACGGGUUAAUGAUCUGUUCCGUGGAGCUGAAUUUGCCGAUCUGGAUCUCGAAGUGGGAACCAAUUGGUUCGCAUCAAGAUGUGCAACGUUGUCCAAACCACUCGAGGGAAACCCCCACGUGCGCUUCAGCGUUGGUGCAACCGAUGGUAGCUGGGAUCACUCGUGGGCCAGGUUCCUUCGGAUGGAACGUUCCGUGUUUGCAGAGGUGAAAGCUGAAAGUUCAUUUGGAGUGCACAACUUUCACUGGGAUGCGAUUUGGCGUGAGAUUGAAGCCAAAGACAGCAGCACUCCGUGGUCCGUGCGGAAGGAGAGUGGUCCAGCUCUCAAGCUUGGCCUUCAGCAUACUUUUGAGCGUGAUAGCCGCUCAGACUCUGUGUUUCCCGAGUCGGGAUUCCUGUGUCGUCUUUCGAACGAACUAUCGACAAUUACUCCCGGAAGCCCUACGGGAGAUGACACUCCGACCGUUGAGGAAAACAGAGCGUUACAGUUCAAAAUGGAAGGCGUGGCGCAAAAACCAUUCCGCCUUACAGACUGGCUUGUAGGAGAAUUGACCUUCUCAUCCGGUCUCACCCAUUCCUUCACUUCACAUCCUAUACACAUCGCUGACAGAUUUUUCUUGGGUGGUCCACUUGAAUUUCGUGGUUUUCGGUGGCGAUCCGUUGGUCCUGUGGAACCACUGUUGCGGCCUACCCAAUUCAAUUUGCCCAUCACUGACCCCAUCUCAAAUGACUCAAUCGAUGUGUCGGCCAAUACAACUGGCGCCAGUCCAAUCGGCUCGGAGGGCUUUUGGCUUGCGGGUGGGCAUUUAUAUACCCCGCUGCCUUACUUCGACGCCGUCGAAGGCUCUUUCGCAUCUCAUUUUCGAUUGCACGGGUUUUAUCAGAUAGGCGGCACGUUAGACGCACCCAUUCAACGUUUAUCCAAUUGCUUCUCUUCCGCUUCCGGUCAAUCAGUGACCCAUCGACUACGCUCCGAGUUAUGGAGCAAACCACGAACUGUUCUGGGCGCCGGCUUGGUAUUCCGCCUUGCUGGUCUGCUUCGGAUCGAGGUCAAUUAUUGCAUACCAAUUCAAAGUCAACCUGGAGACUCAACCAGCCCUGGCUUUUCAUUUGGGUUGGGCAUGUACUACUUGUGAAGCGAUUGCGUUGCAGUUCCGCGCCUUCCUUCUCUUUGUACGAACUCAGCUGAUUUUGCGCAGUGUAUCUUAUGAUCAGGUAUCAGACAGUCUUGUUUUCACGCACCGCUAGCUCGAAACCCAAUUUCUCUCCUGUUAACGUUUUACUGAUCUUUGUGCCGACUUCCCAGUCAAGGAACCGAUCUGCGAACGCCUUGUUCUAACCAUCUUCAACUUCCCAAAACGCGCCAUUUUCACAUGUAAAUUGUACCAUUCUGUUAUCUACAUUAUUCAAUGACUGCCACUUUAUG